AUGAUUGAAUUCUCUUGCGCUUUAUCUCGGCUCCGCACCCUUCCGCCGGCCAGAGGAGACGCCAACUGUUUCCGAACUCGAAAGAUCCCAACAAAAGACGUCGGGGAGAGAGGAUUGCUCGCUGCAGACUUAGGUGUCUCGCUGCAGACCCUCCGGAUGUCUGGCGUGCAGGGCGCACCGGGAAAAAAGAAACCUCUGUGUGGGGGAAAGUUCUCGAACAAUGGAUCGCGCGGUAAUCUGGUGAAAUGGGAAACUUACAGUAUGUGUCGAAAAAAAUAA